GUUUGUAUCAGCAUGAAAAAAAGUGAUUCUCACUACUUUUAUCGUAUUUUCAUUUUCCCUUGUGAAAAUUUUUCUUUUAUUUUUUUAAUAAUAUCAGAUUCCCACAAUGAUAGUAUUUUUUAAGGAGCGUCUUUGGUUAAUCGUGAAACUAAUUACGCGGUACAGCCACCUAUACUCGUCUGAAUUACUUUUAAAUUCGAUAGAAUAGGUUCAACAUGUCGGAGGGAAUAGCGUAGAUCAAGUACAGGUGUAAAUACAUCAAAUACCCAAAUCUCACUGAAUUGAUAGCACUUGAUUCAUAUUCCUGAUUGGCAUUCAACUGUCACAUUCCUGAUUGGAAGAUAUGCCUCAAAACGUGAAGAAAAUUAGUCGAAAAGAGGUAAAAAAAGUAAAGUUGUCAAAUAACGAGCAGCCACAAAGUGCCAUAGAAGAAGAUGUCAAGCUAAAAUAUGGACCAGUAUUAACGUUUCCGUACCAAAGGGUAUGGUCCCGUGGCGUUUUGAUUCUUGGUGUCCUAUUCAUUGUUUGGUAUAACAGUAGAAAUGGCAAAGAGGUUUCUUUUGCAAAACAGAAAGAUGUUCUAUUUAGUCGAAUUCAAAAUGUUCCUUGCUCAGACGACUAUAAAAUAGAGCUAGAUAAAUAUCCAAGCUGUGUACCAGAGAAAUGUGGCAGAUCAGUUAUGGACAAACUGGUGACUUCUACGGAGACAGAUGUCUUAUUGAAAAUUGCUACAGUUGGAAUGAGUUUUGGAGGAUCCGAUGGAGGAGCAAGCAUUCUUGAUCUUCAUUCUGGGGCCCUGAGCAAGGGAUCUGGAUUUAUCAAUGUUUAUGCACUUGAUGCUGUGAAUAAAGUUUUCAAUAGUGCAGAUUUUGCUAUUUACAAAGUGGUCAAAACUAAAAUUCAACAUGCUGUUGCACAUAAUUUUGGUGUUAAUGCACAUGAAAUAUAUUUGACACAUCCAACUUUUUUUUCGCGUAUGACUAAUGCAUCCGCAAAAACUGAGCAUGACGAAUAUUGGCAUCCUCACGUGGAUAAGGAGACUUAUGAAUCCUUUCAUUACACAUCACUCUUAUAUUUAAAUGACUUUGGUAGAGACUUUGAAGGAGGUCGUUUUCUUUUCGUAGAUAAGAACAAUGUAAACACAACAGUAGAACCACGAAAAGGGCGUGUCUCUAUGUUCACCUCAGGAAGUGAAAACUUGCAUGCAGUUGAGAAGGUAACAACAGGCACACGGUAUGCUUUAACAGUAUCAUUCACAUGUAACAUCGAAUCAGCCAUUUCUGAUCCAAGUUCUAAAAAUUUUCGAAUUCACGAUUAAUGUAGUUCCAAUUUGAUUAAGUUCCAUUAUACUGAAAAGUAUCAUUUGGAUUCUUGAUAAAAUUUUCAGCAAUAUAGUUUGGUAGCUCAGAUGAUAAAGUAAUAAAAUAAUCUGAUUGCUGGUACAUAACUGUACUUUUUGGGUUACGCAAUGAUUGGUAAGCAAGUAAAAGAGAAUUGAAAAGACCAAAAAGUUCUAAAUGCAGUUCAACGUCAAACUGAAUAAAACCACAUUCCUACUAAUUGUAUAUAAAAUGUACAAUGUUACCUUUAUACGAUAUAAUAGUAAUAAAGGUUUUUCUAGAAAAAAAGGCCAUAUAUUGUCAUUAAUCUGUAGUGGUCAAAUCAUUUAUUUUAUUUUUGAUAAGGAGAAAGAAGGGUUCGAAAUAAAUAUUCUUAAAAUA